AUGAUGCUCUACGUAGCCAUAGUGGUAGUUUAUUUAAGCUACCUUCUGUUCAAGUACCACCAAAAGCGGCAGCAUCUGUUCAAAGUAUCCAGCCACUUUAAAGGACCCCAUCCGGAUUACUUUCUCGGUUGCUUUUACCUGUUUAGAAAUAAGUCAGUCCCAGAAAUUUUCGAUAUGCUUUACAACAUGCACAUACAGUAUGGUGCCGACGUGCCAGUGAUGGGUGCUUUCAACGACUUUGUGAUGGAUAUCACCGGUUCGGAAAAUGUGGAAAAGGUGGUCCUUGCAAAGACAACGAAAAAAUCUUUUCCCUACGAUUUCCUCGAGCCAUGGCUCGGCACGGGAUUGCUUCUUUCGUUUGGUGAAAAGUGGUUCCAGCGGCGGCGCAUCAUAACGCCCACGUUUCACUUCAAAAUGCUCGAUCAGUUCGUCGAUGUGUUCAACCACGAAGCGGACGUGCUGGUGAGCAAGCUGGAAGCGCGGGCCGGCAAGGGCGAGUUCAAUAUCUACGAUUACAUUACGCUGUACGCGCUGGAUAGUAUUUGUACUACUUCUAUGGGCGUUCAAAUUAACGCUCAGGAGGACCCCAACAACGAGUACGCUCAGGGCGUUAAGCAGAUGUCGGAGUUUAUCUUCCGUCGUGUCUUCAGUGUAUUCCGGCAGUUUCCAUCACUUUUCUUCCUGUAUCCAUUCGCUCGGGAGCAAGGAAGAGUUAUCAAAAAAUUGCACAAUUUUACUAACACUGUUAUCGAAAAGCGAAGACAACAGCUGCAAGCGGAACAGGCAGUCGGUCAGGUGGAGUUUAAUGCCGAUGAGGAAGAUUUGUACUCGAAGCGUCGCGAUACGUUCCUCGAUCAGCUGCUCAAGGUGAAGGUCGAUGGAAAACCACUGAGCACGGCCGACAUUCGGGAGGAGGUGGAUACGUUUAUGUUCGAAGGACACGACACGACGACGUCCGGGAUUUCAUUCACCAUUCUGAACCUUGCCAAGCACCAAGACAUCCAGCAGAAGGUGUUCGAAGAGAUCGAUGGAAUGCUUGGAGCGAAUGCAAAGUCCACCGAGCUUACGAGCUCUCUACUGCAGGAGAUGAAGUAUCUCGACAUGGUGAUUAAGGAAUCAUUGCGAAUCGUGCCUCCCGUACCGUUUAUUGGAAGGAAGCUUCUCGAGGACAUGGAGAUGAAUGGAACAGUCAUCCCGGCUGGCACAACGUUCUCGCUCAACAUCUUUUCCAUCCACCGCAACCCCAAAGUCUUCCCCGAGCCAGAAAAGUUCAUCCCAGAACGGUUCUCCGACGACAACGACGUUAAGCGCGGUCCGUACGAUUACAUUCCGUUCAGUGCUGGAUUCCGAAACUGUAUCGGACAAAAGUACGCCCUGCUGGAGAUGAAGGUUACUAUCGUGAAGCUGCUGGCCAGCUAUCGGAUCCUGCCCGGCGAGACGACGGAUCAGGUUCGAUACAAGGCGGAUCUCGUUCUUCGACCAACUUGUGGCAUCCCGGUAAAAUUGGUUAAGAGAGUGUGA